CCCAACCUGUAAGCAAGAAGAAGAAGCUACGCUAUUCGCGUACAUCUUACGCAAACUUAAGUCAGACAGGUCUUCGCUCGUCUUCAAAAUACGUAUCUGACGUUAGAUAGCCACCUUUGGCAGCAGGUGAGGUCAAAUGCUGAGGGACGGAGCGGAAGAGCUUUGCCGACAGGUGGAGGAAGAAAUAUUUUAGCUUUAAGCUAAAAGGCAACAAAUGGACAAAAACAAGACGGAGCUGGUCGAAAGCCUCAUAAUAUGGCUGCAAACUUUCAACACUCCUGCACCCUGCCAAACAGUGGAGGAGCUGACCACUGGAGCAGCAAUGUCACAGGCUCUGCAUCAGAUAGACCCUGCAUGGUUCACUGAUGGAUGGCUCAGUCGUAUCAAAACAGAUGUUGAGGACAACUGGAGAUUAAAGAUGAACAACCUGAAAAAGAUACUUCAGAUGGUGGUUGACUAUUAUAAUGAGGUCUUAUCCCAGGAAAUUUCAGAUUUUCCCUUGCCAGAUGUGUCACUGGUGGCAGAGCAUUCAGACCCCACUGAACUGGGGAGACUUCUGCAGCUUAUACUGGGCUGUGCAGUCAGAUGUGAGCGCAAACAGGAAUACAUUCAGAUCAUCAUGACCUUGGAGGAGUCUGUGCAGCAUGUUGUCAUGACAGCCAUCCAGGAGCUCAUGAGUAAAGAGACCAAGACCCCAUUUGGCGCAGAGCUGUCAGGGGACUUGGAACAGCAGCUGAAAAAAGCUCUUGAGGACCUCGCUGAACUUCAGACAGAGAAGGAAGCGCUAACCCAGCGAUGUCAAGAGCUGGACCUACAGGUGGCUGUUCUUCAAGAGGAACGGAACAGCUUAUUGGCUGAGAAUGACGUCCUAACAGACCGAGCUAAUCAGCUGGACACAUUUGAUGACCCAAGCACACCCUCGGGAAGAAAACACAGUCAGUUACAGCAACAGCUAGAAACACUACAGGAGGAGAACUUCAGGCUGGAGGCUGCUAAGGAUGACUAUCGGAUCCACUGUGAGGAGCUGGAGAAGCAGCUGAUAGAAGUUCAGCACCGAAAUGAUGAGCUCACCAGCUUGGCAGAAGAAUCGCGAGCUCUCAAAGAUGAACUGGAUGUGCUGAGGAACUGCUCAGAUCGGGUGGUGAUGCUGGAGGCUUCAGUGGAAACGUACAAGCGCAAGCUGGAGAAUCUGGGUGAUUUAAAGAGGCAGAUGAAACUGUUGGAGGAGAACAACAUGACUUAUAUGCAAAACACAGUCAGUCUGGAGGAAGAGCUGCGCAAGGCCAACGCUGCCCGUGCACAGCUCGAGACAUACAAGAGACAGGUCCAGGAGCUACACAGGAAGUUGUCUGAGGAGACGAGGCGAGCAGACAACCUGGCGUUUGAGAUGAAGAAGUUGGAGGAGAAACAUGAAACUGCAACGAAAGAAAAAGAGAGGAUCAUCAUUGAGCGAGAUUCUCUGAAGGAAAUCAACGAGGAGCUUCGAUGCACUCAAGCUCAGCAGAACCAACUCUCCCAAGCAGGCAUGCUUCCCUCUAGCAGCCCCAGUCAUGAUAACCUGGCUGCUGAGUUGAUGCCCGUUGAGUACAGAGAAAAGUUCAUCCGGCUGCAGCAUGAGAAUAAGAUGUUGAGAGUGCAGCAGGAAGAGUAUGAGCGUGAGAAGAUCGCUUCUCUGCAGGCCCAGCUGGAGGAAGCACACAAGACUCGCAGUGAACUGGACACUGAAAACAGAUUGAACCGAGAACGGAUCGGUGAGCUGCAGCAGCAGGUUGAGGACCUUCAAAAGGCUUUGCAGAGCCAGGCAUCCAAGCCUGAUGAUUCAAACCUGAAGCGGAAACUUGAUGCACACAUGGUCCAACUGAACGAGGCCCAGGAUGAAAUCAUGAAGAAGAAAGAGCUGCUGGAGGACCUUCAGCCUGACAACACUCAAACCUCUCUGAAGGUGGAUGAGCUGAUGGCUGCUCUUAAGAAGAAGGAUGAUGACAUGAGAGCCAUGGAAGAGAGAUACAAGAUGUAUUUGGAGAAAGCUCGCAGUGUGAUCCGAGCAUUGGACCCUAAGCUGAAUCCUGCUACUGCUGAGAUCCAGGCUCUGAGGAACCAGGUUGCAGACCGAGACAAGCAGAUUCUCAGCUUGGAACGUCAGUGUGAGCAGGCAAAGCUGAGAGAGUAUGAGGAAAAGCUGAUUGUCACGGCGUGGUAUAACAAGAGUCUGAACUUUCAGAAGCUGGCCAUCGAAUCACGUCUCGGGGGCCGCACUGCCUCCAUGCUGUCCCCCGGUCAGUCCUUUCUGACACAGCAGCGGCAAGUCUCAAAUGCCCCCCGCCGGGCACUUUCAAUCAGCGUGCCUGCCGCUACCUCCAAGUAGACUGUGUCACAGAGCCAAAUGUCUCCCUUUAUUCAGCUAAGGAAAAAUCUAUAACCAUCACUCCCUCCCAUAAGUGACCUUAAACACAUCUGCUCUCAAGACAGGGAGGGGUCAAAGAUAUGCUGAUUGGGAUCAGUGAGCAUCGGCUCAUCCAAUAGGUCACCCACCUGAUGAUAUUUAUGCUCUCCUACUGUACAUUGAACCUGGAUGGAAAGUUAACCUACUGUUAACUCAAGCAGUGCACAAUGCACCAACUCUAGAGUAGACUAGAACACAUUUCUACCCUGUCUUUGCUUUGCUGUGCAGCUGAAUACUUGUUAUAAUCAGUUUAGCCUGGGCUCAUUUAUCUCCUGUCAGGAGUAAGAGAAACAUAACUGACUGCUUAAUGAUAUUUAAUUCAGAGUUUGAGCCCACUCGUUUUAACGAAUGUGAUAUUAAUGAACGCUAAAGCCGAGAACUUGUAACUUUAGAUGAUUGUUGAAAUACGUACAAGUUGAACAAUCAAAGUAUGCAGUGAUGGUGACACGGUCAUCAAACAGCAGCAUCUGAUGAAAAACACAAAGAAGCUUUGAAAAAUCAAUUCUGUGUCUGGUGCUGGCCACCAACUGCUUUUAUGCUUCAGCCACUUAAAGAUUUUUACUAAAACGGAAAAAAGCCCAUCGUGUAAAGCUGUGAAAAUCCUAAACCGUUUAAAGUAAAUCCAGGAAUAUUUUUCUAUAUUUCCAGGGAGUGAUGUUAUCUCUGUACUGGCAGUGUGCUCACAGUAAAAACUGCUGGGCCUUCUUGAAUCAUAUUUAGUAGUGACUAUCCAAGACUGUAGUCUCUAAAUUUGUACAACUGUAAUGUAAACAUGAUUUUAACACCAGCCUUUGAUCCAAAUGUCAGAAUCAGGUUGAACAUUUAUGUAGUACCUUCAAAUUGUAACUUGAAUUUUUUUUUCUUACUAUAAUCAGGUUGUAUCGUGAACAUAUAUUCAGGCUCUUUAGUGUCAGCAGAGGUUAACAGCACUAUAGAGGAGCAGAAUUUGUCUUUCAGAUUGUUGGUUUCUUGCUGCCUGUUGCUACACCUUCUAGUUAAACUGCACUAGUUUCACAACACAUAAUUCGAUUCUAUUAUAAUUUUUAUAGGAGUAUCUAAUAUUGCUUUGAUUUUUCUUUUGAAUGAAUGACAAUUAUAGAUUUCUGAUAUUAAAAAGCAGUGACUCCUAAAAAUAGGUGGUAUCAAGUGUAGCACAGCACAGGGAACUGUGAGUUGUCAUUUGUUUGUGUGUAAAUGGAUUAAAAAAAAAGUGUAGGGGAAAGGCAUUAUAAACUUUCUGGGUUGUAAGAAGUUAAAAUUUUAAAGCGUUUGGAUUUCUUGUGAAUAAAUGCAUUUUGUUUUUCUAAA